GGCACGUGGGACCCUGCGUGGCUGGGCAUGGGACUCGGCCCCGCGGCAGCGGCUCCUGGAGGGGACCAGCGCAGCGGGGAGGUGAGGGGGCCACCUAGAGGGCAACCGACCCGGGGAGAGGUCGCCGGGUGCGGCCCCCGGACUGGCGUGCCGGGCGACUCAGCGCCGGCCAGGGAGAGCCCAUUACGUGACUCUGUGACUCUGUCCCGAGGGCCCGGGCUUCCAGACCUUGUACUGCGCAAACAGGACGGUGACAGCAGGCUGCCGGUCGAAGCACUGUUGAACUUUGUUUCCUCUAGAGCGUGGAUCUCGAGGUCUGUGAGCAGAGACCCGCGAAUCCUGGAGACUUCUUGGGCUUGCGUUCCUUCCUCUCUCCCCAGUCUCUCCCGGAGCCCACUCCUGCGUAGGAGCCCUCCAGGCAGCUGCUUGCCCUGAAAAAUGCUGGAGGCUGGGCCGGGCCCCAGGCCUGGGAACCUGUUCUUCCUGUUUCUUGCCUCAGCUGGUCCAGGCCUGUGCAUUUAUGAGUGAAGAACUGAAGCAGGUGCUGAGCAUCCUCACCACACCAAGAGCAGGAGCUGAUCAGGGCAAUGGCAGCAGACCAGGACCCCUGGAACAGCACCACCAAUGGCAGCUGGGAGGGAGAUGAACUGGGCUACAAGUGUCGCUUCAACGAGGACUUCAAGUACGUGCUGCUGCCCGUGUCCUACGGCGUGGUGUGCGUGCUCGGCCUGUGCCUGAACGUCGUGGCUCUCUACAUCUUCCUGUGCCGCCUCAAGACCUGGAACGCCUCCACCACCUACAUGUUUCACCUGGCGGUCUCUGACUCCCUCUACGCGGCCUCCCUGCCGCUGCUGGUUUAUUACUACGCGCAGGGCGACCACUGGCCGUUCAGCACGGUCCUCUGCAAGCUGGUGCGCUUCCUCUUCUACACCAACCUCUACUGCAGCAUCCUCUUCCUCACCUGCAUCAGCGUGCACCGGUGCCUGGGCGUCCUGCGCCCGCUGCACUCCCUGCGCUGGGGCCGGGCCCGCUAUGCCCGCCGCGUGGCUGCGCUGGUGUGGGGGCUGGUGCUGGCCUGCCAGGCGCCCGUGCUCUACUUCGUCACCACCAGUGUGCGGGGCAGCCGCAUCACCUGCCACGACACCUCCGCCCGGGAGCUCUUCAGCCACUUCGUGGCUUACAGCUCCGUCAUGCUGGGCCUGCUCUUCGCUGUGCCCUUUUCCGUCAUCCUGGUCUGUUACGUGCUCAUGGCGCGGCGGCUGCUCAAACCUGCUUACGGGACCACAGGCCUGCCCCGGGCCAAGCGCAAGUCCGUGCGCACCAUCGCCCUGGUCCUGGCCGUCUUCGCCCUCUGCUUCCUGCCUUUCCACGUCACCCGCACCCUCUACUACUCCUUCCGGUCACUUGACCUCAGUUGCCACACCCUCAAUGCCAUCAACAUGGCGUACAAGAUCACCCGGCCGCUGGCCAGCGCCAACAGCUGCCUUGACCCUGUGCUCUACUUCCUGGCAGGGCAGAGGCUUGUCCGGUUUGCCCGAGAUGCCAAGCCACCCACAGAGCCCACUCCCAGCCCCCAGGCUCGUCGCAGGCCGGGCCUGCACAGGUCUAACAGAAACGACACCGUGAGGAAAAUUGUGUCGAUCAGCAGUGAUGACUCAAGAAGGACAGAGUCCACACCAGCUGGGACUGAGACUAAGGAUAUUCAUCUCUAGGUCAGAGCCCCUGGGGCAGGAGCUGGUUCAUGUUGGGGAUCUGUAGGUGACCAAGGCUUGUCCAGAUGGGCUGAUGUCCUCAGAUACAGAUCAUCAGCAACUCUCAGUUGGCAGGGGUUCAGGAUAGUCAAGAGUAGCAGGACCCCAAAGUCUCCAAUCAUUUGUAUGUGUGAGUUGGGAAAUCAGAGCUUAAGGAAGGCAAUGCCCCCUGACGCCCAGGCAAACAGCUGCCUUUCCUGCUGCGGUACCUAGGCUGAGGUUCAGCCUCCUACAUCCAAGGGAAGAGCAGGUCCAGGAAGGACACAGCCAGUCUGGGCUAGCUGCCUGGAUUCGGAGUGGAAACACAAGAUGACCAGCGGACUCUUGGUGGGUAAUCAGGGCCAAGAUCCACGGUGACGCGGGAUGGACCUGGGCACUACAGUGGACUCAGCUCAGAGGAAGGACCCUCAGGCCAAGGACAAACAUCUGAAAGCUGACGUCAGAUCCAUCUGGAGGCAGGUGGAAAGCGUAACUUAUGUGGAAGGCCAUGCCGACCUCUUGGGCUGUGCUCUACUGCAUGGUCAGAGAAUGGGGCGAGGCCUGGGAAGCCGUCAGCACCCUCCCAAGGGCCUGAUAUCUCUGCCACCCGCCUUCCUAGCACUGCUUUCCGGGGGCCUCGGAGCGGGGAUCCCUCCUCAGAUCCCCAGGUCAACCCUGCCUUUAGGCCACCUGUCAUGUGUACUGUACUAUGCCAAGCAUGGAGAAGAGUCAAGCAGGGCUCUAGUUCUGGGGGUUGGCUCCCCAGUUCACAGACCCUCACAUGUGCUGGUAGAUGUUGAACUGUUUAAGAGAACUGGGGUACGGGUGGGGCCUUAUUUAUAACACUGCCAACUGUGGUGCAAGGUAACCCCACUGCGGCCGGUCCAGUUCCAAUUACAAAUUACCAACACAGUAA